AUGGGCUUGGGAUAUCAUCAGUGGAGCAAAAAAGAUCAAAGCGAUUUUUGCAGGCUCAAAAGUUCAACCCUCCCAGUCUACCUCCACAACCGUCUUCUCCUCCACUUUGAAAUGGACGUACAGCGUUUCGCCACCUUGGAUACCACAGACACGGGCCAGAACGCUCAAGUGGCUACAGUGAGUCGCACCGCCACUCCACCACCACCGCAGCCACCACCACCAUCAGCUAGCCUAGAGGCCUUUGCACCGCCCGUGGUGGCAGAAUAUUGGUGCCAUACGCAGGUCCGCGUCACCAAACUACGCUAUAUCUGGACCAUCAGCAACUUCUCUUUCUGUAGGGAGGAACUCGGUGAGGUGGUGAAAAGUAGUGUCUUCUCCUCGGGACCUAAUGACAAACUCAAAUGGUGUCUCCGUAUAAAUCCGAAGGGCUUGGACGAGGAGAGUCGGGAGUAUCUCUCUCUCUACCUCCUACUCAUCAACUGCGGCUCAAAGAGUGAGGCUCGUGCUAAAUUUAAGUUCUCUAUCCUCAAUGCGAAGCGCGAAGAAACCAAAGCCAUGGAGAGUCAGAGGGCAUAUCGCUUCGUACAGGGCAAGGACUGGGGCUUCAAAAAGUUUAUUCGCCGCGACGUUCUUAUGGAUGAGACCAGUGGACUCCUCCCCAAUGAUCGACUCACCAUUGUUUGUGAAAUAUCUGUGGUGGGUGACACCCUCUCCGACAGUGGUCAGAUAAAUAAUCAACAGGUCACUGUGCCUGAGUGUCGUCUCCACGAGGACAUCGGUUCCCUACUCCUCAAACAGACCCUGACUGACGUCACCCUAGUUGUGAUGGCCUCUCCCAUCUCCCCACCCCAACAGAUUCCUGAUAACCCAUCGCCGCUCCAAGUAGGAGGACUUGAUAGUGAGUCUUCCAUCCUGCCUGCUGCCUCAACAGAUGAGGAAGAAACCAGCUGUCGGGAUGCUGAGGACAAUGAAGAAGAAGAGGGCGAAGGGAGUAAAACACCUUCAAGAGACGAUGUAGAAGAACAGGCUGCAGAUGGUGAGAGUGAGGGAGAUGUUUCCUCCGCUAUACCGCUUCGUGGUAUCCUCCGCGUUCCGGGCACACAGCCACCGCCAAUACGGCAGCAAUCGGACAGCAAUGAGGCGGUGCGAAAAGCCGCGCCUCCACUUGUUUCAUGCUCCGCCUGUUCUUCCUGUUGUCCUCAACAGCAGCAGCAGACGAGGGGUAGUGGCGAUAUUGAUGAUCGGCAAAAGCAUCGACAUGCUAUUUCCACAUACUCUGCUUCCUCCUCCACUUCUUCUAUCACUGAUCCACUUUCGAUGGAUGGUGGAUAUGUCUAUAGUGAUGAUUGUAAUUGUCAGUCCGGUUUGACAACACCACUGCCGCAGCCGACAAUACCGCCACCCACAUCAUCCUCCCUAACACCUCCUCCUCCAAAUGUCGUCUCCACAACAGCGGCUAUCCAGCUCUCCUCAGCGACCACACCCUCCGCUACUGCGUCUUCCUCCUCCACUCCCUUCUCCGCAGCAGUUGUUGGUAGUAGCAGCACUACCGCCUCUAAGCCGCAUCACAACUAUCAUCAACUUCUUUCCCCUAUCAGUGCCCCUUCCACUCCUACCCCAGCUAUUGGAAGCGGUAGUAACGGUGACGGUUUUGUGUUGCGUCAAUUUAAAGCGCACAAGGCCAUCCUGGCGGCGCGGAGCCCAGUGUUUGCAGCCAUGUUUGAGCAUGGAAUGGCAGAAUCGAGAGCCAAUCGAGUCCACAUCACCGACGUGGAGCCGGAUAUCCUCGGCGAAGUGUUACGAUUCAUCUACACUGGACGAGUGGUGGGACUGGACAAUCCGGUGAUAGCGCAGGAGCUUCUAGCUGCUGCGGAUAAGUACCAAUUGGAGCGGCUGAAGGCGAUGUGCGAGGAGGAAUUGGUGGAGCAUCUCACUGUAGAGGCGGCCUGCGAUAUCCUCAGUCUCGCCGACAUUCACAGCGCCGAGCAGCUCAAGACACACACCCUCGAUUUUAUCAUGCUGCACGCACAGGAGGUGUGUGAAACAGAGGGCUACGAACGACUCGUGCGUCAUCGUCCCCACCUCUUGAACGAGUGCUUUCGCACCAUCGCCUGCCAGCAGUUGCCUUUGCGCUGUCCCGCCGUAGGAGCUUGCAAUUCCAAUGCCUCCUCCAACUCCUCCUCGUCGCGUAAGCGUCCUCGACACUCCUAA